AUGGGGAUUGCUGCUUGUGAUGGAAAAUUCGAGCUCGAAAUUAAGAAAGAUGAGCCAACAAGAGUUCAACCAGUGGAGGAAACAGAGAAAGGGACUUACUUCUUGUGCAACACAGAUCAAGCAAUGGCUUGUAUAAUGAGGACAAUACACUUAUACAAGUCACCAGAGAAGGGAAAUGCAGAUGCUGCAAAAGUCGUCAGAGAAUCGUUGUCUAAGGCUCUUGUUCAUUUCUACCCUCUUGCAGGGAGGCUGACAAUCAGUCCAGAGGGUAAGUUGAUUGUUGAUUGCACUGGAGAAGGACCCAUUUUUGUCGAGGCAGAGGCUAAUUGCUCAGUGUUAGAGUUGGUGGGCAUAGCUAGUGCUGAUCCCAUUGUGCUAAAGAACCUUGUUUAUGAAGUUCCUGGUGCUACUAAUAUAAUUGAGACUCCUAUCUUUACUGUUCAGGUAACAAAUUUCAAAUGUGGAGCAUUUGCAGUAGGCAUGGCCAUAAACCAUUGCAUGGUUGAUGGGAUAUCAGCAAUGGAGUUCAUCAAAUCAUGGGGUGAAAUAGCACGAGGAUUACCCUUAAGCGUCCCUCCAUCUUUAGAUAGAACUAUCCUAAAAACAAGAGAUCCACCUAAGAAUGAAUUCCUUUUACUACAGAAAGCAUUUGUUGAGAUUGAGGACAUAUCAAACACACAUGAGCUUUACGAAGAAGAAGAAAUGAUGUAUCGAGUCUUUCCUUUCAACAUCGAGAAGCUACAAAGACUCAAGGAAAAAGCCUUAGAAGGUGGAGUGUUAACCAAGUGUUGCACCACUUUUGAGGCAUUAACAGCUUUGGUGUGGAGAGCUCGAUGUAAAUCCCUAAGAAUGCAUCAUGAUCAGCAAACAAAGCUUCUCUUUGCAGUUGAUGUACGGGCUAAACUUAAUCCUCAACUGCCUAAGGGGUAUUUUGGUAAUGGGAUUGUUUGGGCUAUCGCGCUGUGCAAAGCAGGGGACCUCCUUGAGAGCCCUUUCUCACACACGGUGGAGUUAGUUCAAGGAGCGGUUAAGUUAGUUACUGACAGUUAUGUGAGAUCUUCCAUAGACUACGUUGAUAUGACAAGUGUUAGGCCUUCUCUGAAUGGUACAAUACUGAUCACAGAUUGGUCUAGACUUGCUUUUCAUUCUUCUAACUUUGGAUGGGGAGCACCAAUUUACACUGGGCCUGUGGGUUUUGCUGGAAAAGAAGUGGUGUUGUUUCUUCCUAGUGUGGAAGAUCGAAGAAGCAUAAAUGUGAAUCUUAGGAUGCCAGCUUCUACUAUGAAGGUAUUUGAAGAAGAAAUCAUGCAGAUUUAA